AUGGCUCCUAUCACGGUUCACAAUUCUUUGAAGCCCGGCCCGCCGGUGCCCUUCGUGCCCAGGGCGGAGGGCAAGGUCUCGUGGUAUGCUUGCGGGCCGACAACCUACGAUCUGAGCCAUCUUGGCCAUGCCCGCAACUACGUCUCGACCGACAUCAUCCGCCGCAUCUUGAUGCACCACUUUGGCUUCAAGGUCAACUUUGUGAUCAUCAUCAAAGCUAGGAGAAAGCGGCUCCUGGAGCUCGAGAAGGAAAAGCCCUACACCCCAGAUCAAAUACGGGACCUUGUGUUCAAGGCCUUCCGGGCUUAUGCCGGGAGCAACCUGCCGCUGUUGGCUGCUGAAGGGCAGCCGGCUGUCGACGAGCACAACUACCUUGAGCGCAGAGAUGCUGCCUAUGGCGCCGUGCUUGCCGGCGGCACGCUCUCGGGUGAAGGCAAACCCGGCGAUGCCGAGGCGAAGUUGAAGAUGCACCUCAGCAACAUGGAUUCGGCGGCGAAGGCCUUGAGGGAUGGGUCUGGGUUUGAUGGCGCCGAGGAGGUCCUUCUUCCAUUCCUAGACUCCCUGUACAAGGAGACGAUCGACACCAGCGACCAGACCAUAUUCACAGACCUCACACAAGCGAUGGAGAAGGCGUUCAACGACGACAUGACGGCUUUGAAUGUCUUGCCGCCGGAUGCGGUGACACGAGUCACAGAAUACGUCCCGCAGAUUGUGGCUUUCGUCGAGCAGAUCAUCACCAAGGGGUUCGCGUACGAGGCCAACGGCUCGGUGUAUUUCGAUAUCGCAGCGUUCGAGAAGGCGGGCAAUACCUAUGCCAGGCUACGGCCCGAGAGCAAGAACGACAAGGCUUUGCAGGAGGAAGGAGAAGGCUCGCUGUCUAAGAGCUUGGAAGGGAAGAAGCGGUCCGGCGAUUUUGCCCUGUGGAAGAAGUCAAAGCCCGGUGAACCGUACUGGCCCAGCCCCUGGGGCGCAGGUCGCCCUGGCUGGCAUAUUGAAUGCUCUGUCAUGGCCUCGGACAAGCUUGGGGAGCAGAUGGACAUCCAUUCUGGUGGCAUCGACCUGGCGUUCCCCCAUCACGACAAUGAGCUGGCACAGAGUGAAGCGUACUUUCAUCAGUGCGGCAAGGGCGAGCACACUUGGGUCAACUACUUCUUGCACAUGGGCCACCUUUCCAUCGCAGGCAGCAAGAUGUCCAAGAGUCUGAAGAACUUCCAGACAAUUCAAGACGCCCUUUCCACAACCUACACGGCCCGUAACAUGCGGAUUGUCUUCUUGAUGGGCCGGUGGAACGAUGGUGUUGAGAUCUCGCCAGAUAUGCGCAAGCAAGCGGACAACUGGGAGAGCACAGUUGACAACUUUUUCACAAACAUCAAGGCCAAGUUGGCAGAGGCUGGGUUGACAACCGCCGGGGUCAAGGAUCUGUCGCUGGAGGAGGGCACUGGCAAGAGACUGGUCGACGAACUCGAACAGGCCAAGCAGGACCUUGAUGCGGCGCUCCGUAACUCCUUCGACACCCCUGGGGCCAUGCAGGUCAUUCUGAGGCUAGUCAGGAACGCGAACAUCUACAUGAACGACAAGUCUGCCGAGCCCAAUCUACAGGCGCUGGAGGCGGUCGCACGGUGGGUCACCAAGAUCGUGGGCAUUUUGGGCCUUGACGCCGGCGCGCAGCCGCCAUACGAUGGCCUUGGGUGGACGUCUGCCGGUGCGGCUGCCGCUGCUAACCUCGACCCCAAAACGGCGGUGCAGCCAUACGCGGCAGCACACGCCAAGAUCAAGGGGGAUGUGCAGGCCUUGAACCUAGCCGAGUCUUCGAUCCAGACCCUGCUCGUCCAGCAGAACCCCGAAGGCGAAUUCGCCGAGCUGGAACAGAGUGGAGAGCGUGACGUGGAGAAGCUGGCCAUGCCGUUCCUCCGCGCCGCCUCCCGCCUGCGUGAUGAGCUGCGUGCGAUCGUUUCGAUCCUUGAGCCCAAUGCUAAGGAAGCGGUGCUGUCGCUGAGCGACCGGAUCCGCGACUACGACCUGACCGACAUCGGUGUGCAACUUGAUGACCAAGCCGACAAGCCCAGCUUGAUCAAGUUUGUGCCAGCCGCGAAGCUCAUUGCUGCGCGCGAGGAAAAAGCCGCGCUGUUGGCUGAGAAGGCGAGGCAGAAAGAAGAGGCGCGCAAGGCUCGAGAGAAAGCCGAGGCGGAGAAAUGGACCAAGGCGAAGAUGUCUCCGCUGGACAUGUUCAAGGGGGACGCAAAGUACCAGGAGUGGGAUGCCGAGGGCCUGCCGACCAAGCUGGUCGACGGUAGUGAGGUGCCUAAGAGCCAGGUUAAGAAGCUGCGCAAGGAGUGGGAAAGGCAGAAGAAGCUGCAUGAGGAGUAUCUCAUUAAGUUUGGGAAAGCUUAA